AGAUAAUAAACAGACUGUGGUACGACCCAGUGGUGAAAGAGAGAAUGGAAGCGCUGAGAAUCUGCACUCUAACAUGGAACCCACUGAAGCACUUCUUUCACUCUCACGCAUUUCGUCGAACACCUCGAACGCUCGUUUUCCGAGCCUGCUCAUCUUCCACCACCGCUGAUACCAGGGCUGCCGGUCGCAAUCGCCGGAGCUCGGCGUCGUCGUCUACCACUUCGACUUCUGAUAGGGACGCCAUUCGAGCCAUACGCUUGAAGAAGGUUGAAGAAUUGAGAAGCAAGGGGCUUGAUCCGUAUGCUUAUGAAUGGGACAAAACUCACGGUGCUAGUCAGCUGCAAGAUAUCUAUAUAGAUUUGGCAAAUGGUGAGGAAAAAAAUAGUGAGAGUGACCACGUAUCUGUUGCGGGAAGAAUUGUGGCCAGGAGGGCAUUCGGAAAGCUUGCCUUUCUCACACUAAGAGAUGAUUCUGGGUCAAUUCAGCUCUAUUGUGACAAGGAAAGACUCAUAGGGGAUCAGUUUGAAGAGUUAAAGGCACAUGUUGAUAUUGGUGAUAUAUUAGGUGUAAGGGGAACAAUAAAACGCACAGAAAAAGGAGAACUUUCUGUGUGUGUCCAAUCUUUUGCAAUCCUUACAAAAUCUCUGCUUCCACUUCCUGACAAAUAUCAUGGACUAACUGAUAUAGAUAAACGUUAUCGACAGAGGUACGUAGAUAUGAUUGCAAAUCCAGAGGUAGCCGAUGUAUUCCGUAAAAGAGCAAAGGUUGUAUCAGAGAUACGGAGGACUAUGGAUUCUUUAGGUUUUGUUGAAGUUGAAACUCCAGUUUUGCAGGGAGCAGCUGGGGGAGCAGAAGCCAGACCUUUUAUUACAUACCAUAAUUCUCUUGGAAGAGACUUAUAUCUGAGAAUUGCUACCGAAUUACAUCUUAAGAGAAUGCUGGUGGGUGGCUUUGAAAAAGUAUACGAGAUUGGUCGAAUAUUUAGGAAUGAAGGAAUUUCAACUCGACAUAAUCCUGAAUUUACAACUAUAGAGAUGUACGAAGCAUACUCGGAUUAUCAAAGUAUGAUGAGUUUGGCAGAGGAGAUUGUCACUCGAUGUGCUCUAGCAGUUCAUGGGAAGCUUACAGUUGAUUAUCAGGGAGUUGAGAUAUGUCUGGAAAGGCCUUGGAGGAGGGAGACUAUGCACAAUCUUGUUAAAGAAAUUGCUGGGAUCGAUUUCAACGAAUUUGGAGAUGAUAUUGAGGUUGCAAAGCGUGUUACUCUAGAUACCCUUGGAAAGAAUCUUGAUAACAAGGAUAAAGGUUCCAUUGAAGCAUGCCAGUCCGUUGGCCACCUUCUUAAUGAGGUUUUUGAGAUUUUUGUAGAACCAAAGCUCAUCCAACCUACUUUUGUUCUAGACUAUCCGAUUGAGAUAUCUCCCCUUGCCAAACCACACAGAAGAUACACAGGUUUGACUGAGAGAUUUGAACUUUUCAUUUGUGGCCGUGAGUUGGGGAAUGCAUUCUCCGAAUUGACUGAUCCCAUAGAUCAGAGGGGACGCUUGGAAGAUCAAAUUAAACAGCAUGAAAAGAAGAGGUCAGCUAUUUCGGCAAAUGAUGAUAAAAAGGAAGGAAAGGAUGAUGAAGAUGACUCGUAUGAAGUAACUCUUGAUGAUGACUUUCUCACAGCUUUGGAAUACGGAAUGCCUCCAGCUUCGGGAAUGGGACUUGGAAUUGAUAGGCUCGUGAUGCUUUUGACAAAUUCUCCCAGUAUUCGAGAUGUUAUCGCCUUCCCAGUACUCAAGUUGCAGCAAUAGUGAUAUGUUUGUGAGUUCACUGUGCUCACUUUUUGCUCUUUCCUUAAUUAUAUAUGAAAUCGUUUGUAGAACAUGUAACAAGAUCAAGUUAUUUAUUAUUCCUCAAAUUACCUGUUUGGGAGUUUUGAUUUCUGGUAAGGCAAAAUAUGUCACUUAGAAUAUCAACAAAGGAUUAGUUAUUCUUCUCCUACAAUAUCAUUAUUAUUGUCUUCUAGAAGAAAGUUAAGUUGAUGGU